ACAGGGGGACGGGGAGGCGGAGGAGGAGAAGGAGGAAGAGGCGGAGGCAGCGGCGGCGGCCGCGAGGAGGAGGAGGGAUCGUCCGCCCGCCCCGGCGCAGACAUGGUGGACUGAUCUCCGGCGGGGCCGAGAGCUGGGCUUCCUGAGGCGCCCCCCGCGCGUGCCCCGCCGCGCCCCGCGCCCACAGCCCCUCGCCGGCGCCCGCGUCGGCUGCAGCGGCCGGGCCGGACGGCCGCGUUCCCGCCGCGUCCCGCGCCCGGUCCCUAUGGAGGCGCCGCUCGCCGGCGAGGCCGCCGACCAUGCCUAGGAGGGCCGGGAGCGGGCAGCUGCCGCUACCCCGGGGCUGGGAGGAGGCCAGGGACUACGACGGCAAGGUCUUCUACAUCGACCACAACACCAGGAGGACCAGCUGGAUCGACCCCCGGGACAGGUUAACGAAGCCCCUGUCCUUCGCUGACUGUGUUGGGGACGAGCUGCCGUGGGGAUGGGAAGCAGGGUUUGACCCUCAGAUCGGUGUCUACUACAUCGAUCACAUCAACAAAACCACACAGAUUGAAGACCCAAGGAAACAAUGGAGGGGGGAACAGGAGAAAAUGCUCAAGGACUACCUGUCGGUGGCUCAGGACGCUCUCAGGACGCAGAAGGAGCUGUACCACGUGAAGGAGCGGAGGCUGGCCCUGGCCCUGGACGAAUACGUGCGAUUAAAUGAUGCCUAUAAGGAGAAGUCAAGUUCCCGCACAAGCUUAUUCUCAGGAUCUUCAUCCAGUACUAAAUACGACCCUGAUAUUUUAAAAGCCGAGAUCUCUACUACACGAUUAAGGGUUAAAAAGCUGAAGCGAGAACUCUCACAGAUGAAGCAAGAAUUGCUCUAUAAAGAACAAGGCUUUGAAACAUUGCAACAAAUUGAUAGAAAAAUGUCUGGAGGCCAGAGUGGCUAUGAACUUAGUGAAGCCAAAGCCAUUCUAACUGAACUGAAAUCUAUCAGAAAGGCUAUCAGCUCAGGAGAAAAAGAAAAACAAGACCUGAUGCAGAGUCUUGCUGAGCUGCAGGAGAGGUUUCAUUCGGAUCAGAGCAUUGGCAGAUCUGAGCCAGACUUGCGAUCCAGUCCUGUGAACUGUCAUUUAUCUCUGUCCAGACAGACCCUUGAUGCCGGGUCACAGACAAGCAUUUCCGGAGAUAUCGGAGUGAGAAGUAGAUCAAAUUUAGCUGAGAAGGUCAGACUGAGCCUACAGUAUGAAGAAGCCAAGAGAAGUAUGGCCAACCUGAAAAUCGAACUAUCGAAAUUGGACAGUGAAGCCUGGCCUGGGGCGCUGGAUGUGGAGAAGGAGAAGCUAAUGCUAAUCCAUGAAAAAGAGGAAUUUUUGAAAGAGCUUCAGUUUGUCACUCCACAAAAACGCAGCCAAGAUGAACUGGAACGCCUGGAAGCCGAGCGGCAGCGGCUGGAGGAGGAGCUGCUGUCUGUGCGGGCCGCACCGAGCCGCGCGCUGGCUGACAGAUUGAAAUUGGAGGAGCGAAGAAAAGAGCUGCUACAGAAACUUGAAGAAACUACUAAAUUAACUACUUCUUUGCAUUCACAACUUAAAAGCCUCUCCGCCAGCACCCUGUCCGUGUCAUCUGGGAGCAGCCUGGGUUCCCUAGCCUCCAGCCGGGGGUCUCUGAACACCUCCAGCAGAGGGUCACUCAAUUCCCUCAGCUCCAGCGAGCUCUAUUACACCGGUCCGGGCGACCAGAUGGACGCGGAUUAUCAGUAUAAACUGGACUUCCUCCUGCAGGAGAAAGGCGGUUACAUUCCCUCCGGACCAAUCACCACCAUCCAUGAAAACGAAGUGGUCAAGUCCCCCAGCCAGACGGGCCAGAGCACUCCCUGCAGGGCGGCGGCCGCAGCCACAGGCCACCCUCCCCCGCUGACCGAGGCACCCACGUCAGUGACGUCCCUGUCCUCGCGGUCCUCCCUCUCGUCCCUGUCCCCCCCUGGCUCUCCCUUGGUCUUGGAAGGCGCGUUUCCCAUGUCUUCUCAUGACAGCGCUCUCCAUCACUUCACUGCGGACUUUGAAGACUGUGAACUGAGUGAUCAUUUCGCAGACAUUGGCCUCGGUGAAAAUCCGAUGUUGCUGGACUCCAGUUCAGGAGGCGCAUCCCACGCUCUUCUAGAGGAUAAGGACCUCCAUGAGUGUGCUGGGGAGCCCGUGUAUGAAGGAACAGCAGAUGUGGAAAAAUCAUUACCAAAAAGAAGAGUCAUCCACCUGCUUGGGGAGAAAGCCACUUGUGUGUCAGCUGCCGUAUCUGACGAGUCUGUGGCUGGAGACAGUGGGGUCUAUGAAGCUUUCGUGAAACAGCCUAGUGAGGUUGAAGAUGUUACCUACAGCGAAGAGGACGUCGCCGUCUUGGAGACGGCGCAGGUGCAGAUCGGACUCAGAUACGACGUGAAAAGGUCAAGCUUCAUGGUGAUUUUAGCACAACUCCGAAAUCUUCAUGCCUUCUUGAUACCUCAUACUUCAAAAGUGUAUUUCAGGGUCGCCCUGCUGCCCUCCUCAACUGACGUCAGCUGUCUGUUUCGAACAAAAGUCCACGCAGCCACAGAAUCCGUUUUAUUCCAUGAUGUCUUCAGAGUGGCCAUUUCCCAAACAGCCUUACAGCAGAAGACGCUGAGGGUGGAUCUUUGCUCUGUUAGUAAACAUCGAAGGGAAGAAUGCCUGGCUGGAACUCAGAUCAGUUUGGCAGAUUUACCAUUUUCCAGUGAGAUUUUCACUCUGUGGUAUAACUUGCUUCCUUCUAAGCAAAUGCCUUGCAAAAAGAAUGAAGAGGAAAAUGAGGGUACUGCAUACCAGCCAGACCAGCCAUUGUUAGCGUCUGUAGACUUGGAUGCGGUGUCGGCCUUACUUGCAAGGACAUCAGCUGAGCUACUGGCUGUGGAACAAGAAUUGGCACAAGAAGAACCGGGGGGGCAGGAAGACGAGCACAGGGGUCCAGAGGGAGACUGGCUAACCAUGCUCAGAGAGGCCUCUGAUGAAAUUGUGGCCGAAGAAGAGGCUGAAGGUCAAUUGCCAGAGGGCAGUGGCUGUACAGAAGACAUAAGCUCCUGCCAGCAUAUGCCUGAGAUGGAGAAAGACACAACACGGGGAGGGGACAACCGUGCCCAGGACCUGGGGAACCAGCCCCCCACUGGGGCAGCCACGCUUGUUGAUAAAGAGACGAACACCGACGAGGCAGGUGCCAGCGUGGCCGUUCGGCCCAAAGACCGCAGCAGCCUGAGCGGGCGGCAGCGGCCGGCGGUGAGGAGCAGCGUGAUCGUGCGCUCGCAGACCUUCUCGCCGGGCCAGCGGUACCAGCAUGGUUUUGUGUCUUUAUUUCCUCACCAGGCUGAACAGUCAAAAGAAGAGCAGAAGCAAGGCUUGAAUGCGGAGAAAUUGAUGAGGCAGGUCUCCAAGGACGUGUGUCGGCUCCGUGAGCAGAGCCGGCAGGUGCCCCGGCAGGUGCAGAACUUCAGGGAGAAGAUUGCCUACUUCACCAGAGCAAAGAUCAGCUUCCCAUCCCUGCCAGCUGACGACGUAUGAUUACACGGCUGAGGAAGUCAGCCCUUCACCUGCUCAUUUCCCAGGGAGGGCAAAAGACUGAACACUGGCCUUGUUUGGGUUGGGGGGUGGUGGGAGGGAUCUUUUGUAACAUAACUGCCAACCCUUAAAGAGGUUUUCUUUCACAGCAGAUCUUCAACAUGUUAAUUUGUAAAGUACCUUAAAUAUAAUUCUUAUAUGUUUAAAAAAGAAAAAUUAGCUGACCCAACUGGGAGAAUCUGGUACCCAGACACUGUACAGUCUGUAUUGCCGGUGGGCUGUAUUCUGUAAAAAUGGAAUCCGGGCAGCCCCCAGCGUGUAUCCUGUUGAACCAACUAUAGAGAAAUAACUCAGUUUCACAGAAGGUGGCUUUUGCUUUUCCUCUGUUGUCUGGUGAGUGUGAAGCUGGCAGCCAGCCAUGCACAUUCUGUACUGGAGAGCAGCUCUCUGAGUGUGCAGGUAACCUGAGUCGGAGCUUCAGUGCCGAGUCCCAGGCCCACGCGGGGCAGGGGCUGCACACACUCCGUCACGUGUGUGGAAACACUUUGUUUCCUUAAAACAAUUUCCUUUUUGUCCUUUUCUGUUUGUCUAAAGAAAACAGAAACCAAAUGCUGAGUGCAAGGAUAGAAGAACACAAAGGAGCAGCAGUCCUGGCUCUGCCGAAGGCCUCAUGAUUUAUGACCAUAAGCAGAGAGCCGGGCGCCCGGGAACCACACACACAGGCUCAGCGGCCGGUGCGAACCCAGCCUGGCUGUGCGCAAGUGGUCAGAUGGGUUGCACUGGUGGUGUUUGGCCUCCGUGUGAGGAUGGAGCCACGCAGAGGUCCAGUGGCCAGUGUUCUAAGGACCAGCGGCGCCGGUCGCGUGAGGGGAGACAUGACUGCUCAGGUGGUGGACAGGAACAGAGGGGAGGGGUCUGGACUGAAUCAGGGAGGCCAAAAAAUGCUUGGAUUACCUUAUUCAACAGAUUUCUCCCUUUUCCUAGGAAUUACUUUGCAGCCCCCAUUUCCAGGAGAUCCUGUCUCUCUUCUGUGGUAAGGACAGUUGGAGGCAGAGAAGUAUGUGCCUGGGGAGAUUAUUAAUUUGAAGUAUAGACUGUCAUUUGCUUAAAAAAACACUUUCUCGAUGAGCGAGUUGUAAGAGAGAAACGAACUGAAGUGCCCUCCAUGGUGGGGUUUUAGCUCACCGCCCCCACCCAGGCACUUCUUAAACACAUCCCCAGUAUAGCCCUGCCAACAUAAAGACUUUUAAAAUAAAGAGUAUUUAUGCGAUUUAAACCACACUUAUUACUUAGUCCAUCAUACUGGAAGAGGCAGGUUUUGGUUAACCAUCAAAUAUAGCAAACUAAAUCAAUUUUUUUUUGGAAAUGCAAGAAUCAUCUUAAAGGAAUGGGCCCCUUAAUAAAAAAGUUCUGUUCCUAAGCUAGAAUCCUCAUUAGCAAGAAUUUUUCUUUUCUUGAAAGUGAUUAUACAGAUUUUGGAAAGUUCAUUUUACCACAGUCAAAAUUCAAAUCAAGCAAUUUCUGAGCCUAGAACUUUAAUUAUGUUUUCUUUAAGUGUCUCCCACCACUUACGUACAAAUGUCUUUGAAGCUCUAACUGAAUGUGACCCUGCUUUGAAGAAAACCCAGCCUCGUGGAGUGACUGGGCACAGCCCUUCCUGGCUGCCCAAUGGGUUAGAUGACCAAGGACAACUAGAAAAAGAGCACCAUUCGUCCUUGUCAAGGUCAAAUGUGAAAGACAGAAGUUUAUUUAAUGUAGAGUUAAAUGAAGGUCAGCUGUUUUCAGCUUCUUAGUUUGACCAUGAAAAAUGUUUAUAGAAUUAUGUGUAGUUGUACCGUACGAUUUUAUUUUCUUCAUUUAUUUAUUUACGGUCUUAUUUAUGUACUGUUUAAUAUAUAGUUCAGUUCUGGCCAUUUUAAAUGUUUGACAUAGAAGAGGCUAUAUUGGAAUAUUUACAGCUUUAUAAAUCUUCAUCAGAUUAGCUGUUAACUUUUUGUAAUACAAAAAGUUUCAGGCAAGUAUAAAAGAAUAAAAUCUGUCUCAGGCUGGUCGUUAACAGUUGUGUCCAAAAUGUUUUGGGUUUUAUUUUAUAACAUUUGCUCAUUUCUAAUAUGAAAGACAAAAUUACUUUAAUAUAAUCGUUUUCCACACUUUAAAAAUCAGCAAUAGUGUUAUGUAUUUAUAGGCAGCUUUUAACAAUCCUGUCAUAUUUGUACUAACCCCAAUGAUUCACAGUGACAAACCAUUUUAAUAACUUGAUCACAAAACCAUAUGGACAAUAUGAAUUUUAAUAUAAAUACUAUUUUUUAAGGUAGAAUUUAUUCUGCACAGGGUAAAACAAAUGUAAUAUUUAGUUCUCAAGUUUGAAUUAUCACUAUGUUAUUACAGUUUUGUAUAUCAGAAUCUAAGUGUUACAGGUACAAACAGAAUUUUGCUAGCCGAAUGAACAAAGUUUAGCUGAAUCUUUCUGUAGCAUGCAAAUCAAAUAAAUUUUUUUAAAAAUUUUUGCUAUUACUUUAUAAUUGUAUUAAAUAUCAAAAGCUCAGGACUGAACUAAAUAUUUAAUCAGGUUAAAUUCUGACUAUAUUUCUGUUUUAAUUUGUACAAGUAUGCAAAUACAUCACAUAGAUUAACUUUGGUUUCUGCACUUCUCUUGUGUUUGUGGGUGGAAAAAAAGUUCAGCGUUUUGUUUUGUUUUUUAAACAAAGACACGUGUUGCCUAA